AUGCAACCCAAACGAUCGAGAUCUUGGAUGCUGCAGUCGAGCAAUCCUCCAAAAACUAACCUUGCUUCUGCGUCAAAUCCUUCUGAAAACCAUCAACAAACUCAUCGCAUUAAUCUGUCCAUUCCUACUAAACCUCGUUCAAUGCUUUAUCCUGCUGCCAUCGAGGCUUCUACUAUCGCUACAUACAUUCCAAAUGCUUCUCGUCAACCUCCUCUGUCUUUGGCAUCUCCUUCUCAACAACUCUCUACUUUUCAGUCUAGUGCUAUUCAGUGUACAUCUUAUCCAAGUCCGUCCAUUGUGUCUGCUCGAUCGCAUCAUCCAGUCAACUCUCACAAGGAUGACAAUGCUCCAAACACUACUCAAAUGUCACACCUUGCUUCUAUAUCUAAACCUCAAAUCAAUCUAAAUCCUGGCAAUAUUGCUUUUUCUGAAAAAAGUAAUGCCAUGGUUAGAAUCAAUUCAAAGUCUGUCAUGUCUUCUCCGACCUAUGAUUUACCUCCGCCAACUCAGAAAUACCAACACAAUCAAAAUCAGGCCCGUCAGCAGAUUCACCAAAAUUUCAUGAAUAACAAACUAUCUGAAAGCUAUAUUCAAGACUCAAAUAUAGAGGACAAUAACUCCAAGGUAUCGAGUAAUGUCACAAAAAAUCAAUUUAGCAUUUCAAGCGAAAAUGAAUUUGAAAUGUCGGAUUUGGAUGAAAGCGAUAUCAUUGAACUGGAAAACAAAACUAGUCAAUAUAUGUCCCAGGUCGAUACUAUGCACGUCUCUGCUACUACUAUUGCUCCAGGUCCUUUUGCUGGUGCUCGUCUUUUAGACGUGAAUGCUGAUAUUCCGCUUUCGCCGCCUCCAUUUGAUCAUGGAAAUACAAAUGGUAAUAUUAACAAUAUUUUGAGCCAGUCUCAAAAUAUACAGUCAAACAACACAUUUGCCUAUAAACAGCAAUUUCAACAACAAAAUGAAAUAAAACAGCCAUCACAAAAGCAAGUCCAUAAUCAGACUCCAUCUCAAGCGCACCCAUCUUUGUCUGAUUAUCCAAAUGCAAAAACCCUCAAUCUACUUUCAGCUACCAUGGAGUCUAUCCAAUCAAUAAAAUCAUACGCGAUCCCAGAAGUCGAGCAUCCCGAGUCCAAUCUCUCCAAACGACAGGACCAGUUACAAACACCAUCUGCUGGUCCAGGUCAAUCUGGUAUCAACACCACUCUCAUCAAUCGCCGUCCGGAUGCAUUCACAUUGAAUGAACUCUACUACGCCAAGCGCGAAGUUGAAAAACUUCAGCGUGAGAUUGUACAAUCCAAACUUCAAAACGAGCGUUUGGAAAACGAUAUGCUGGUCAAGAGCGGUGAAAUUAGCAUGAUUAGAAAGAAUCUAAAUAAAUUGAGCACUGAAAACUCGGCUCUAAAAGACGAUCUAAUUAAACAGCGUGUCAUCUCCGAGCAAAGUAAAGACUCUAUGCGUGCAAGUUUACAGGUUCAACUUGAACGUGUCAAAACGGAAAUGUCAUUCAAGGAACAAGAGCUUUUAGCUUUACAGCUCAAUACAAGGAGAUCACGACCCAGCUCAUACAGUCAAAAUACAUCUUUUACUCCAAGUGCAGCCGCACGACACCAUGGUCAGUUCCCGACUAUGGCUUCAUUCAAUGAGCCUUUGCCUAUCCACAAACCACAAAUCACAAAAGUAUCAACGGCAAUCAACACCGAUCCUGUUCCAGACCCAAAACCCCGCAUUAUUGAACGCAUUGUGACUGUUUCGGCUCGAUCUAAUAGCUCUAUUCAUACCGAUUAUACGCGUAUUGUUUUUGGAAAAUGUAUGAUGGAUCAUCAGCUCAAUUUGUUGGAAUGGGGUACUCAGCGUCAACAGCAAAGGGCUAUUCAUGCGCUGCUUGCUGUUGUUCAAGAUCUAAUGACAGACUCUUCUUCCAACGCUUUACUACUUCUUCCACAUAUCCAGGGCCUUUUGGAAUACUGUAUUGAAUGGGAGCAGAAUACUUGCUUGCUUGAUUUAUUGGAAAUUUUACGAGCUACUGUUGGCAUUAGUCGCUCCUGUCGUUUGGUAGUAUUGUCCAGCUCAGAAUUUUCAACGGUUUUGUUUAGCAUUUUUCAAACCAUGACUUCUGGGGAUAAUGGGUGGUUAGCUGGUGAAGCAUUAGCAUUGGUUCAAACCUCGCUUUUAAAGAUAUUCAUUGAUUUAUCUUUCGAGGCAGACACAGAAAGUAUUUACAAAUUUGAAGACAUGAUUACUUCAAAUGGGAUAGGAAAGCUAUUUUUAACCACAGUUCCUACCCAUGUAACGAUUUUGGCUACUCAUUUAUGCUGUCUUUUAUGCAAGAACGAGUCAUUUGUGCAGAAUCUCUCUGUCAUAGCAGCUCCUUCAAAUGAUGGGUCAUCUACGACGGCUCUGUCAACGACUGGAUCAACCUCGGGAGUUUCUACUGGAACAUCGUGUAUUAACCACAUUUGUAGCCUAUUGACUAAUCCACUUGACUCAACUACACGAGAGGAUUCGAAUCAACUGAGACACACCAUUCUUACUUUUUGUAUGAUUUCCAUGGAAACAAAUCCUCAAAAUUCCCAGAUUUUUGGAAUUUACUCGAAUCUGAGCUCAUUUGUCGAGUAUAUGCAUGGUCUCGUUCAAGAAUAUGUAGUACACUUGAACUCGUCUCUGGAUCAUGUAGAUCUCCCAAUGGCAAAAAAUACGCAUGCUUGUUCAAGUAGAGAGCUUUUAAAAAGCAAUCUUUCUUAUAGAUUAUCUACUGCUGUGAAAUUUAUUCAUCGUCUUUUUGGACUUGGCACGACACUUUUUGGUAUAUCUCAUGCAGAGCAUCAACUGGUGACUUCGCUUGCUGAAGUCGCAACUCGGCCUGGUUUUGAAGAUGAAGUUUCAGGUACAGUUUACCUUGUUUUGAUCAAUACUCUGUUUCUUGAUUUCAAUUCAAAUCCAGUGUUUGAUGCUAACUCUUUGAUGUUAGAUCUUGCUAAAGAUUUGCUGUACUCGGUAGCAGAAAAUCCGGAGCCAGCUUUGGUGGAGAUAUGGGGAAACGAUGCUGCUUUAAUGACAGAGCCUUGUGAAGAGGGAAUGGGUGUCAAAUAG